AUGAAUCGUGUUGACCGUUGUUCUCAGUCGCUGUUGCAGCGUCUGAUCCAGCUGCGACUUGGUCAUGGGGCAUCAUUGGAGAGUACAGGCAUGAUUUGUGCACGCAAUGUCGGCUGCGACAAUGUGGUUGUUGCCAACAAUCAGCGUUGCAGGCGUGGCGGUGCACGAGGCAUAUGCAGUGUCAACCGUUUCCAGGUUCAAGGAGUCGUGCACCGGAAACGCUUUGGCCACCGUUACAUGUCUACGAAAUCGGGACCUAAAUCGGGUGUAUCGGCCCCCAUCGAUCUGCACGAUGAAUUUCUGAGCAACAUCAAUGAUGAGGGCGAAGCCCCCUCCGCGGCCGGGAGCACGCAUUCAGCAUCCAUUCGCUUUGUCAACAAGACAAAAUCAAGCGGGUCCAAGGACCGCUUCCGCCAUGGUGAAUUUUCGGAGGGUGACAUGUACUCCGCCAAACCAGUUUGGCAGCAGUUGAACGAAAUAGAGAGCACUUGGAACAUGCAGUUCCGCCGCAAGGGACGCGUCGAAUCCCAGAGGGCCAUUUCGAGGGCGAAGAAGUCUGUGGAGGCGCUCGACGCCAUAGAAGCCAACGAUUCACGUUUGGUGAACAUCGACAGUUUCCGCGAAGCCGGUGGUGUGGACCGUAAUGAUCCCGCCGCAUCAGCUGGGUUCCUCUCAUCGGUCCCGCAUCCAGCGCCGCCAUUCCCAGAUCAAAGGGGCGUCCCGCCAGGAUUGCAUUCAGCUGCAAACCCAAAUACAAGGCGUAUGCCAUCUGUUGUGGGUGACGGGUACAAGAACGCCCCCGUACGCGUCGGUAAGGGAGCUGUCGCACCCACGGCAGGUGGGUCAUUGAGUAGUAACCGUUGGAUGGAUAAAGGCAAUGUGUCUGCUUCUGUCCCGCCAGGGGGCUUUUUGGUGAACGAUCUACAUUUGCCGGGUGACCAGUACUACGAAGCCGUGUCCCUCGAGGGUGACAGUGUUGAUGGCAUAACCGUGAGCGCCAAAGAGCUCAACUUGGACCCGGAAGAGGAGAAACUGCGAGCAAGCCUAGCUCCAUCGGUGUUCCUGGGCCGCCUUCUGAACAAUUCCGAACGUUCAGUUGUGGAGGGUAUAUUUGGCAACAAGGAGGCCGGCGUUAUCGAUGCUGCCACGCCAGCCGCUGUUAUCGAAUCUGAGACCAAGCUGGAGCCUGAAACGUGGCUGAACAUGAACCCGGCACAUAUAGUCCUGCAGCAAUCGAUAUUGAAGUGCCGAUCAUCAUCGCAAAUUCUGAUUGCUAUUGGUGACAAGCUGGACAAGAUGAACGCGGUGAACGCCUCCACUGCUCUGCACCGUCUUGCUCGUCACACGACCUCGUACUCGCGCUACAGCCUGACAAGUAACGACACAUUCUGUCGUUUGCUGGCAGUGCUGGAGCGGCACUUGCUCGACCUCGACAGCCAGGGUUUGACCAACGUGUUGUGGUCAGUGGUGCGCCUGGGGGUACAACCGAACUGGCUGGAUGCGCUGCUUGCCGCCAUCAACAAUCAUGCCAACGACCUGACGCCGAGCGAGCUUGCAAGUUGUCUGUUUGCAAUGUCGAAGCUGCCGGUGAAGACUGCCACCAGCGUGGAUCUACGUGAUCGCGUCAUUGCCCUGGCCCAGGAGCGAGUGUCACAUUUCAAGAGGCCCCUCGACCUCACGUGCAUCGCCACCGCCCUGGCUCGUCUGAACGUACGUAACCCCGUGCUGUUCGGCCGCAUCAGCAGCUCGGUGUUGGCCGUGAUGAACGACUUUACGUUGCAGCAAUUAUGCGGGAUUGCAUGGUCGUUUGCCUCCUUGGGGUUCACGGACCGUGCUUUGUUCGCUCGCAUCCGCCAGUUUCUGGAGGAGCACGCCAGUGCCGGGAACAUGCACGACGUUGUGCAUCUGGCGUGGGCGCUUUCGAAGGUUCGCGAAGCUGAUAGCGAGGUUUUCCUCUGCACCAUAUCCCCCCUGGUGCGUGCCCACGUGUCGCACCUGACGUGCCGUGACAUAACCACGGUGGCGUGGGCGUUCGUGAAUGCGGAGAUUGACGACCCGGAUCUCUUUGAGGACCUUGCGUGUGCAUUGCAGCACCACGUUGAUGAGAUGGGAACUCACGACGUGGCCGCCGCAGUUGCGGCAUUCGCGCACAUGGAGGAAUCCCACAAGGCCCUAUUCAAGAAGAUGCGCAACCGCGCACUUCUGAUGGCCAGCGAGUUCACCCCUCUGCAGCUGGCUAAGAUUGUGCGAGGAUUCUCCUCGGUUGCGGAUGAGCGCUUCUACAGCCAGCUGUGCCGCUCCAUAGAGAGCAAGGUGCACCUGAUGCUCCCCGAGAAUGUGGUUGAGGUUUUGAUGGGUCUGACUGAAGCAGGGCACGUUCCCCCGUCACUCCUCAAGCAGUUGUUGACGGCGGUUUCCUCCGGCGUUUGUAAGAUGUACGCGGAGGACUGUUUGCUUCUGUUCCAGGUGGCGCUGCGGCUGAAACGCGACUGCAACGACCGCGUCACCAUUUCAACGCUGGAUAAGUUACAACAUGCUCUUGUUGAGCAGAUAGAAGCUCGUGUCGGCCGCUGGAAGUGCUACAACAUAUCGCAUAUCACCUCCUACUUCGAGUGUUUGAGCGGCAUGGGCAUCGGUGGUUCGAAAGGUGACGCCAGCGUUAGGAUUUUGUCAAAGCAGCUGUCUUCAUGUCUCAACCGUCUCGGCACCGCGAAGCUACCUACGGAAGACCGCAACCACGCCUUCGCUUCAUUCAUAUCCGCAUGCGCGAGUCUGCCGCCCCGCAAGCUGGCCGUGUUCCAGGCAGAGCUGUCCAAGAGCCCCGAACUUAUGGCCUCGAUGCACAACUGCGUGGCCGCCCUGCGGAGCGGCGACUAUCUGGCCAGCGAAUCAUCUCCGAUAUCGCAUGUUGACGCUUGUUAUUGUUUGGUCCGCAUGGGCUAUUUGGAUGACGGCGUGGUGUCACUUUGCGACGAGCUAGUGGAGUCUUACUCGGAUCCGGAUAAGCUGGACCUAUCUGACCCUAAAACUUUGGACAAGCUAUCCAAGACUAUAUGGCUCCUCAUGGAAUCCAACCUGCACGUGGCCUGGGUCCGUGAGCGUCUGCGUGCCGUAGCAGAGGCGCAAUUCACCCCCUCUGCCAGCGAUUCUCUGAUACGUCUUUUGUGGUCGUCUGCUGUUUUGGGUGAGGAUGAGCUGCUUAUGAGCAUGUUGCCGAAAUUCGUGCCGGUGUUUGACCGUCUGCCUGAGGACAUGCUGAGUGCUCAGCAAGUGGCCCUGCAUGUGCUGCGUUGUUUGCCAGUGGACACGGACACCUCUAAUGGCCAAUCCACGUCGAGCACCAGUGACGCCAACAAUACCCUGUCGAAUUCCGUUGUCAGCUGUACUGGCGAGCGUUACUUGAUUUCAAGCGAGGUGCACAACACGCUGGUUGAGUGGCUGGAUUACCAGAGGGAUGACCUGUUCACCGUGACCCCCGGGUCUCGUAAAAAGCGCGCCCUCGAGCUGGAUUACGAUGCCGUCCUAUCGGAGACUUUGAUAUCGAUGAAGAUCCCACACAAGACGGUCCACACUGUGGCUAACAUCUACCGUGUGAGUGUUGCUUUCCCAAUGGAGAACCACGUUCUGGAUGUGCUGAAUUUCACGGACUGCUUCGUGCCGCAUGGCCAGCCUCGCUCCCGCGCACUGCUGCGGCAGCGCCAGUUACAGCUGCUGGGUUACGGCGUUGCAUCGGUAAAUUUGGGCAGUGUCUACGCCACAUCUCGCGAGGGCUCGUGCAAGCCGCUUAUCGCGAAGGCCAUUAGUGGUUUCGUUGAAACAGCGGCGGACUACCUUCCGGCCACCACGCAAUGA